AUGUCCACCCCGAUCCACACCUUUUCAAUAACUCCACUAGCUCAAUUCUCCAACAAAAACUCUCAGAUCCGCCGUCCCCAGGAAAUCACGCACUUCUCAUACGAUGACCGCCGCCGCCUCCACCACGACCCGUCCUCGCUAAAAUCUUACUACCCCCCGCCGCUGGGCAGUGAUCUGUCGCGUGGAUUCGAGAGCUUCCGGAAACAUGAUAGUAGCAUAGACGAGCAUUUGGAUGGGCUAUUGGAGGCGAUUGUUGAGUUUGAGAGGAGGAGCGGGCAGAAAGUUGCUGCCGACGUUAUCACUUGGAGGGGGAUGAUGACUAAGUUUAUGGUCUUGCCGUUUGAUAUGCGAGAUGGCUUCGAAAUGAAUGCUAUAAAGUUUCAAGGCUCAAUCUUCAUUGAAGAAAACCACUCCUACAAGCUAAACUCCCAAAGCGUGCCGUUCCCCCGUCAAGACUUAAUGACAUAUUGGGGCUACAAAUUUGAAGAAAUCUCCACUCUUCCCGGUAAUCCUUCAGACUUUUCCCGCGAGGCCAUAGAAUUGCGCGACCACAACAUUGUGAAUAACGAGGAACAAUUCUGCUCGAUUGUGAAGACUGGUUUCGGUGGUGUCAGACUGAUUAUCGGUGGGGAGGUUGAUGCUGUAUGGGACCAGAACCCUCCCCCGGACCCGCUGAACAAACCUCCGGUUUACGUGGAGCUCAAGACCUCAAAAACCCCACGGCGCCCACACGAGCAUGUCAAUUUUGAGCGUAAGAUGUUGCGCUUCUGGGCUCAAUCGUUCCUGCUUGGGAUAGCCAAGGUUGUGGUUGGCUAUCGUGACAACGAAGGCAUCCUCGAAGGGUUGGAGGAGAUAGAGACUACGAGUAUUCCUGGAAUCGCAAAGCGCAGUGGGCGGCAGCUCUGGGACGGGAAAGUUUCCAUUGACUUCACAACCACGAUUCUUGAGUGGAUAAAGCAGACCAUUGAAUCGGCUCCUGAAGGCACCCUCUGGCGCAUUACACAUGCUCCAGGAUCUAAUACUGUUGGCUUAUCCAUACUCUCUCAAAGUUCCUUCUUAUCUCCUACAUUUCUGGAAUGGCGGAAUAAUAUCUAA